AUGACGACAACCGGUGGGUUCGCCUCCUCCUUUGUGGAUCUGCUUGGUCAGCUCGCCCGCUGCGCCGAGGCCCGUGGUGUGUACCAGCCGGGGCUGGAUGAGGCCUUUGUUCCUCGGUGGAAGGGUCGCUUUGCGGCGCUGGUCCAUCAGAUGAACGCUGACCACAUCCAGCGCCACUUUGGCGGUGUCUGCCUGCGCUCGUCAUAUAAUAUAUCAGGUCAGAGCUGCCGCAUCGACCUGCACUGCCGCAACCCCUUUCCCGGCGGUGCCUUGGGCCCAGCUCUGCCCGACCUGGGCAUUGACGUGACUGUGCGCACAGCCCAACCCCUGACCACCUCGCAAGCCUGCAUCAAGGUGGGCGUUGCCCUCCGCCGAGCCGAAAAGGAGAAGCGCGACUACUACACCGGUUUCAACCAUGGAAAAACUCUGAUCGUCCCUGCGGCGAUGACGACAACCGGUGGGUUCGCCUCCUCCUUUGUGGAUCUGCUUGGUCAGCUCGCCCGCUGCGCCGAGGCCCGUGGUGUGUACCAGCCGGGGCUGGAUGAGGCCUUUGUUCCCCGGUGGAAGGGUCGCUUUGCGGCGCUGGUCCAUCAGAUGAACGCUGACCACAUCCAGCGCCACUUUGGCGGUGUCUGCCUGCGCUCGUCGUAG